AUGAGUCUACCGCUUACAAGAAAAGAUCUCAUGAUAGUCAAUAUGGGCCCUCAACACCCAUCAAUGCAUGGUGUUCUUCGACUGAUCGUUACUCUCGAUGGUGAAGAUGUUAUUGAUUGCGAACCCAUAUUAGGGUAUUUACACAGAGGAAUGGAAAAAAUCGCGGAAAACAGAACUAUUAUACAAUACUUGCCUUAUGUAACACGUUGGGAUUAUUUAGCUACUAUGUUUACAGAAGCAAUAACGGUAAAUGCACCUGAAUUCUUGGAGAAUAUUCAAAUACCCCAAAGAGCCAGCUAUAUUAGGGUAAUUAUGUUAGAAUUGAGCCGUAUAGCUUCUCACUUAUUAUGGCUUGGACCUUUUAUGGCGGAUAUCGGGGCACAGACUCCUUUUUUCUACAUUUUUAGAGAGAGAGAAUUGAUAUAUGAUCUAUUUGAAGCUGCUACGGGUAUGCGAAUGAUGCAUAAUUACUUUCGCAUCGGAGGGGUAGCUGCCGAUCUACCUUAUGGAUGGAUGGAUAAAUGUUUAGAUUUCUGUGAUUAUUUUUUACGAGGAGUUGUUGAAUAUCAACAACUUAUUACACAGAAUCCUAUUUUUUUAGAACGAGUUGAAGGAGUCGGUUUUAUUAGCGGAGAAGAAGCUGUAAAUUGGGGCUUAUCGGGCCCAAUGUUACGAGCUUCUGGAAUACAAUGGGAUCUUCGUAAAAUUGAUCCUUAUGAGUCUUACAAUCAAUUUGAUUGGAAAGUACAAUGGCAAAAAGAAGGAGAUUCGUUAGCUCGCUAUUUAGUACGAAUCGGUGAAAUGAAGGAAUCCAUAAAAAUUAUUCAACAAGCUGUAGAGAAAAUUCCGGGAGGACCUUAUGAGAAUUUAGAAGCCCGACGCUUUAAGAACGCAAAGAAUUCCGAAUGGAAUGAUUUUGAAUAUCGAUUUCUUGGUAAAAAACCUUCGCCCAAUUUUGAAUUAUCAAAGCAAGAGCUUUAUGUAAGAGUAGAAGCUCCAAAAGGGGAAUUAGGAAUUUAUCUGGUAGGAGAUGAUAGUCUUUUCCCCUGGAGAUGGAAAAUUCGUCCACCUGGUUUUAUUAAUUUGCAAAUUCUUCCUCAGCUAGUUAAAAAAAUGAAAUUGGCUGAUAUCAUGACGAUAUUAGGUAGUAUAGAUAUCAUUAUGGGGGAAGUUGACCGUUGA